AUGAAAAAUGUAAUUGAUUCUUUCAUUUCUCUAUCCUCCGCUGAGGGUUUUGGGUUAAAUACCAAUAUUUUAGAAACAAAUAUAAUAAAUCUUAGUGUGGUGCUUGGUGUACUGAUCUAUUUUGGAAAGGGGGUGUGUGCGAGUUGUAUAUUAAGUAAUCUAUUAGAUAACCAUAAACAGAAAAUAUCGAGUACUAUUCAGAGUUCUGAAGAACUAUGUAAAGGAGUUGCUAAUCAACUUGAGCAAGCUCGGGCUCGCUUACAGGAAGUAGAAAGGCGGGUACGCGAAAUUUGGGUAAAUGGAUAUUCUCAAAUACAACAAGAAAAAAAUGAUCUUAUCAAUGUUGCUUCUAUUAAUUUGAAACAAUUAGAAAAUUUAAAGAAUGAAACCAUUCACUUGGAACAAGAAAGAGCAAUUGAACUGGUUCAAAAACAAAUUUCACACCAAGCUGUCCAAAGAGCUCUAGGAAUGCUGAAUAGUCGUUUGAAUAGCGAGUUACAUUUAUGUAUGAUCAAGCAUAAUAUCGAGCUGCUCCUAGCCAUGAAAAACAUAACUGAUUAA